AUGACCCUGUUCCGCAUUCAGCCUCGCCUCCCUGCGACGCUCCGCAGCCACGCCGACCAGAUGGCAAAGGGCCGCACCUCGUUUGAUCUCAAGCUGCGCAGAGACGGCCUGGUCCACCCGAUGCCUGUUGGAGCUUCGUACACGACCCCGAACGGCAUGUCCCUCCGUCCCAUUGGACCCAACAUGGAUCGCAUUCUCCGCAACUAUCCAGGCAGCCCCAUGGUGUAUGGUCUUCAAGAGGGCUCGAGGCUCCCCGAAGACCUCUGCGUCGUCCACGAACGUGGCGACCACUACUCGCUGCAGACCACUCGGCCCGUGACGCUCGCGCAACUGAACACGACUAUGACGGCGUUCCUUGAGAGCCUACCUUACCAGACUGCUGCGCAGUUCCUCGAGUGGCGCGAGGACGAAGACGACCAGGACAACUAG